UGUGAUUUUGCCAUUGGAGCCAUUGUUACUGGAGCUAUUGUUACUGGAGGUUUCAGAUAUGAUUUUGCUAUUGGAGCUAUCGUUACUGGAGUUAUUGGAGUUGUCGUUUUUGGUGUGGCAUCGUCGUGGAGUUGUUAUGCUGUUGACGUUUCAUU